CCCGGCGCUGGACAAAGGGAGGCGGCGGCAGGAGAGGGCUGGGGAGGCCCCCUCUGACAUGCCUCCCUGCCAACUGUAACCAAUCGUCAAGCCCCCCUGCUGAGCCCCAGCAGCCUGCAGGCCUUCCCCGCACCUCGCCCAUGGCGGGGACUGCCGGCCCGGCCCAGCGCGUCCCAGCACACCUCGCCCAGGCAGCCCCGCCAGACCGGCUGUUUCGUCAGAAGCCAAGCUCCUUGCCCAGAAAUCAUUAACGAGCGCGACCCCCCAGCAGGCGACGGUGGUGAUGGGGUGGGGGGAGAGAUUUAGAUCCCCGGAACAAUGGCUUGUAACUCCCCACGCCGCUGGAGCGGAAUACAGUAAAAGCACUGGACUGACCUAAGAGUUUGUUUCUGCACUCUACAUUGUUUUAAAGAAAAUAAAAUGUUACUUUAAGAAAAAAGGUUUCUUUCUAAUUUUCUGGACAACCAGACGUUUGUUUGUUUGCUUUAAAAUGUUUCAACAAAAUCCUGGUUUGUUUCGAAAUAUGUUGGAUUAGCAUUUAACACCUCAUCGAUCACUAAAGCCCAGUCAGUUCACCAGCCCCAACACAGCCUCGGCUAAAAGAACAUCAGAGCAAACAGAGCUGGGCCUUUAAAACUGGCAAACAAAUGCCACACACCGCCUAAAGAAGGGGGGUUGGGGGAGGGGAGGGUUAAGGCGAACUUGGGUCCAAAUGAGUUUGAAGGGAAUACGAAGAACAAAAAGUCAGCACAAGUUUUCCUAAAGCUAGCUCGCGAACGCUAGCGUCGCGAACAAGGGCUUUUGUCCAUGCUAAUUGCGCCAUUGGUGCGCAAAAGUUCCGACGCGAAGUGUGAACUCUCAACAGAAGGAAACAUGAGACAACUGAAGUGCCCUGGUUUAUGUGCCCUGCUCCUCCUCCGCUGCCGCCUCCCCUUCUUUCUCCUUCCUCCCGCCGAGCCCGCUGUUGCAGCUUGUUUGCACUGGGGCUUAUCCGGAGCGGAAAUUCCUUUCCGUUUUUGUGAAUGACAAACUCAUUAACAAUUCAUCAACACAACCUGUUCCAGCCGGCCCGUCCCCACGGCAACAGCCCCUUCCGCAGCACGCUCAUUGGCUGGCCCGGAGAAUGUAUCCAUUGAGACGCUCGCUGUUUGUAUCCAUUGAGGAGCUGCCUUGCGCAGGGGGUGUGCGAGACUGAAUCCAAGGGAUAGUGAGCAAAUCGAGUCUUAAAUAAUCCGGGGAGAAAGACGCCCGGGUAGAUUUGAGGUGCAGACUUGGCGGGAGGGAUUAGGAGCCGCUAGACUUUUUUUUCCUCCCCUCUCAGUAGAACUGAGUCCGAAUUAAUUGGAUUUCAUUCACUGGGGAGGAACAGAAACUGUCUGGGCAGCUUCAUUGAGAGAUUCAUUGACACUAACAGCCAGCGGCUGCAGCUGGGUGCAGAAAGAACCUCUGGCUUUACUUCUGUCUCGUCUUCCCCAACCGCUAGCCUCGGCUUGGGUAAGGCGAGGCGGAAUUAAACCCCGCUCCGAGAGCGGCAGCUUCGCGCGCGGUGCGCUCGGCCUAUGCCUGCCCCGAGGGGCAUCUGGUAGGCACCCCGCCCUCUCCCGCAGCUAGACCCCCAUGAUAGAUACGCUCAGACCCGUGCCCUUCGCGUCGGAAAUGGCGAUCAGCAAGACGGUGGCGUGGCUCAACGAGCAGCUGGAGCUGGGCAACGAGCGGCUGCUGCUGAUGGACUGCCGGCCGCAGGAGCUGUACGAGUCGUCGCACAUCGAGUCGGCCAUCAACGUGGCCAUCCCGGGCAUCAUGCUGCGGCGCCUGCAGAAGGGCAACCUGCCGGUGCGCGCGCUCUUCACGCGCGGCGAGGACCGGGACCGCUUCACCCGGCGCUGCGGCACCGACACAGUGGUGCUCUACGACGAGAGCAGCAGUGACUGGAACGAGAAUACGGGCGGCGAGUCAGUGCUCGGGCUGCUGCUCAAGAAGCUCAAGGACGAGGGUUGCCGGGCGUUCUACCUGGAAGGUGGCUUCAGUAAGUUCCAAGCCGAGUUCGCCCUGCAUUGCGAGACCAAUCUAGACGGCUCGUGUAGCAGCAGCUCGCCGCCGUUGCCAGUGCUGGGGCUCGGGGGCCUGCGGAUCAGCUCUGACUCUUCUUCGGACAUUGAGUCUGACCUUGACCGAGACCCCAAUAGUGCAACAGACUCGGAUGGCAGUCCGCUGUCCAACAGCCAGCCUUCCUUCCCAGUGGAGAUCUUGCCCUUCCUUUACUUGGGCUGUGCCAAAGACUCCACCAACUUGGACGUGUUGGAGGAAUUCGGCAUCAAGUACAUCCUGAACGUCACCCCCAAUUUGCCGAAUCUCUUUGAGAACGCAGGAGAGUUUAAAUACAAGCAAAUCCCCAUCUCGGAUCACUGGAGCCAAAACCUGUCCCAGUUUUUCCCUGAGGCCAUUUCUUUCAUAGAUGAAGCCCGGGGCAAGAACUGUGGUGUCUUGGUACAUUGCUUGGCUGGCAUUAGCCGCUCAGUCACUGUGACUGUGGCUUACCUUAUGCAGAAGCUCAAUCUGUCGAUGAACGAUGCCUAUGACAUUGUCAAGAUGAAAAAAUCCAACAUAUCCCCUAACUUCAACUUCAUGGGUCAGCUGCUGGACUUCGAGAGGACACUGGGACUCAGCAGCCCCUGUGACAACCGGGUUCCAGCACAGCAGCUGUAUUUUACCACCCCCUCCAACCAGAAUGUCUACCAGGUGGACUCCCUGCAAUCUACGUGAAAGACCCCACACCCCUCCUUGCUGGAAUGUGUCUGGUCCUUCAGCAGUUUCUCUUGGCAGCAUCAGCUGGGCUGCUUUCUUUGUGUGUGGCCCCAGGUGUCAAAAUGACACCAGCUGUCUGUACUAGACAAGGUUACCAAGUGCGGAAUUGGUUGAUACUAACAGAGAGAUUUGCUCCAUUCUCUUUGGAAUAACAGGACAUGCUGUAUAGAUACAGGCAGUAGGUUUGCUCUGUAUCCAUGUGUACAGCCUACCCAUGCAGGGACUGGGAUUCGAGGACUUCCAGGCGCAUAGGGUAGGACCAAAUGGUAGGGUAGGAGCAUGUGUUCUUUAGGGCCUUGUAAGGCUGUUUCCUUUUGCAUCUGGAACUGACUAUAUAAUUGUCUUCAAUGAAGACUAAUUCAAUUUUGCAUAUAGAGGAGCCAAAGAGAUUUCAGCUCUGUAUUUGUGGUAUCAGUUUGGAAAAAAAAUCUGAUACUCCAUUUGAUUAUUGUAAAUAUUUGAUCUUAAAUGACUUGACAGUGUUUGUUUGAAUUGUGUUUGUUUUUUCCUUUGAUGGGCUUAAAAGAAAUUAUCCAAAGGGAGAAAGAGCAGUAUGCCACCUCUUAAAACAAAACAAAAAAAAAAAAAUUGUGCUCUUUUCUAAUCCAAAGGGUAUAUUUGCAGCAUGCUUGACUUUACCAAUUCUGAUGACAUCUUUAUGGACACUAUUAUCACUAAGACCUUGUUAUGGCGAAGUCUUUAGUCUUUUUCAUGUAUCUUCCUCAUGAUUUUUUUCUCUUUAUGUAGUUUGACUAUGCCUUACCUUUGUAAAUAUUUUGGCUUGUGUUGUCUCAAAGGGGAUAAUCUUGGAAAGACACCAAAUCAUGGGCUCACUUAAAAAAAAAAAAAAAACUUCAGCUGUGCUAAACAGUAUAUUACCUCUGUAUAAAAUUCUUCAGGGAGUGUCACCUCAAAUGCAAUACUUUGGGUUGGUUUCUUUCCUUUAAAAAAUUUGUGUAAAACUGGAAGUGUGUGUGUGAGCAUGGGUACCCAUUUGAUAGGAGAAAUGCAUUUGAUUGUGAAGAAGGGAGAGUUAAAUUGCUCCAUUAUGUUCGUGGUGUAAAGUUUUGAGCUGGAAUUUAUUAUAAGAAUGUAAAACCUUAAAUUAUUAAUAAAUAACUAUUUUGGCUAUUGA